AUGGCCUCUUUGAGCCCUACGACGGUGUUUGUCGCCCUCGUCCUCAUCUAUAUCUCCUCCUUUGUUCUCUUCGCGAUCAUCCGCAUCGCUACCGGCGUCUCCAUACAGCGGAUCGGCUACUUUUCACUACGACACAUCGCAUAUUCGCCGCGGGAGGGGGUUUAUAUCAAGUUCGGAGGUAUUGGGAUUUCCGUGCAUAGGCCCUCGCUCGUCCAGCCUACAUACGUUAGCCUGCGGAUUAAACGAGCUACCGUUACGCUUGAUUUAAAGGCCCUUGCGAGCUCGCGUCGGAGAGCUGCCACCGCUGUCGCUACCGCUGGACAUACACCAGAGGGCCUGGCAAAGGAUGAAACUAGAGCUGCGCAAGAGAGUGAUGCCGUGGGCAACAGUAACGGCAAUGGCAGCAGUGAUGGAAAGACUAAGAAGAAGUCAGCGUCCUGGGAGAGGACAUGGAAGAUACUGAAGGGAGUUAAGGAGAGACUGAAGCGCUUGCUCAGGCAGAUCAAAUGGUUGGCUUUGAUUGAUAUCUCGGCUACGGAGACUACACUUCGCAUACGCGAUGCUGGAGAGCUUCAUAUCGGUGCCCUCACCAUGUCCCUGGAUGCUAGGCGUAAAGUUAUGCAAGGCGGAAAGCAAUUUCGACAGAACGAGGAUGCUUCGGGAGAGAAACGUUUUCCGGAGUGGAUAUUCAAUGCUCGAAAUAUACUCCUGGCAGUAGAUGGCUGUGAACACAAGGAGAUAUUUGAUAAUAUUGGAAUCAAUGUUCAUGGACUUCUUCAAAAUGGCAUGGAAGGGUUACGGGAAGUCUCCAUUUCGGUCAAAGUGGGGAGGCUUCAUAUCCCGUAUGAUGAUGUUCGUUCUAUCCUUCUACGGAUCAAGCUGCUCUCAUUGCCGGAUGAUAUGACCCCAGACGCUGGAACCUCUUGCGAAGACACUGAUGACGAAACUGCGCUGGGAAAUAUAAUGGAAGAAUCGGACACUGAACAGCAGGAUACCCCUCAAGAGGAGGUCGUGGCCCAUCACCUUACCGAAUCGAAGGCGUUCCUUACCUCCUUGAUACGCGGAAUCCAGGACUUCCAACUCGCUUUGAGUUUCUUCCGUGUCUCAAGCACCGUGGAAAAUCCAGAGUCUAUGGAAAAGCCUCUCUAUUUAAAUUUCUACACUCAUGAGGUGGGCGUUGACUUUCAUAGAAUGGACCCAGCCCACCCAUCACACAGGAUGUACUUUCAGCGUGAUGACGUUGCCCAUCAGGCUUUGAUAGCCGCCAUCUCAUCGUCAGUAUCUCUGGGUGAGAAUGUAGACGAGCAUGAAAAGCUGAUAUACAUUCCCAUGGCUACAACAACCAUCAAAACAACCCUCCCUUCUAAAACCAUGGCAUUGGCUGGCAACCACCGAGAUGCCGCUGAGCGGAAUUCAAAUGUCAUUUUUGCCAAUUUCGUUGUUACAUCUCCGUCCGUGGACCUGGAACCUAAACACCUAUCAAACAUCCUAGCCCUGAUACAGGCGAGAGGAUCCUCUCCACGUUCUAGUUCUCAAAAAGGUCACUUCCUUAUGUCACGUCUUUUGCCGAAGGCUGUGAUCAAACUCUCAGUCCACGAACCCGUGCUUCGAUUUGCGCUCCCCACCUCAGCCUCAGCAAGUCCUUCCGACUACAACCUUCUUGUUUCAUCUAUAUCCUCUAUUUCCCUUGACGUUGAGUCUUCUCAUUCUGUUGCAGAAGGUGCCCAAUAUUCCCUGGUCGCCACAUACCGUAUUUCUUCUCAUCUGAUUUACUACCAGACAGCCGCAGGGGUUAGGCAUCGUCUCCUAGCCACGGACACAAUGGACCUAAAGUGCUAUAUAAAUGCAACCACCGAGAUUGCGGUUGCUAUUUCAGGCUCUAUGAACUCAUUUUCAAUCCAUAUCCUUAGCGGGGAACUUACUCGUGGCCUGCACCAAGCUGUUGAGCAGCUGAAGAGGCUUAUUCCUUCAAAACACAAUUCCUCUCAUGAUACGCCUAGCCUUCUAAGGCGCCUUCCCCCUUGGCUUAUUCGUUUCCAAUUCGAAUCCUCAGCUUUUAGCAUUGAAAUUGCCGGUUCGGAUCCUACUGUUGGUUCUGCUACCAGAGGAAUUGUCCUUCAUCUGGGUGAAUGGUCGAUAGAGUAUCAGCUUCAAAAACCAAAGCCAAACCCACGGUCCCUGCGGCGCCGAACUCCUAGCCACUCUGCUAUCUCGGAUGACCCAUUCAGGUUUACGCCUACUUCACCCUCUGGGAAGUCUUAUUCCCGUCCGUCAGACGGCAGAAGGGUAACGUUUAAUGUCAGUCAAAUGGAGAGUUUUAUCAUGGAGUCUGUAGACUAUAUGGAACCAGACGCUUUCCUCUCGGUGCCUCAAUUCGAGAUUUCCCUGACCACUUCGAGCGACCUUCAAGGCCCUAUCUUUCAUGUUAAUUCUAUCAUCAACGAGAUUAUCAUCAAACAUUCACUCUAUCGAUGUUACGCAAUAGGUAUUGCUGCGACUACUAUUAAUGAUGCAUUUUUCAAUUCCACGCUUGGGGUGAACACGCGCGGACCAAAACGCAGAUCGUCCUCGAUGAGAGCACCUGGAAAAGCUUCGAAAGUCGAACUCACCACUUUUGAUAUCAAAGUCCCUUCUAUACAGGUCCAGGGUGUGAUGCCGUCUGAUCCAAGGAUACUGCUUCAGGUGUAUGGGCUUGUUGCAGGUCGACACCGUUGGUCACCACCUUUUAUCCGGUCGCACCUGAUUCGACUGCAUGUGGAAUCUCCAAAGGCCAAAGGGACUUGGACCAGAAUUUUCAGCGUUGGAGGUAUUCGUGUUGGGCUUCGAGAGAGCAGAACAAAGCAGGCAGAGACUUUGGGUACCACAAAGUCAUACGACAUCUCCUCUGAUUUUAUUCGAGUGGCUGUUCCUCCGCAUAUGAUAAUGUACCGUGUGUUUGAUAACUUUGUCAACACGUUCAAAGCACUGGAACUGCUCAACUACCGCAUGAAGACUAAAUCAAGCUCUUCAAGCAUGGCAAAGCCCCCUAGUGAACCAAAAUGCGUACCCAAAAUAUCACUGCGUAGCAAGUCGAUGGUUUUUGAGAUAGAAGACGAUCCAUUCGAAUGGAAACUCGGAUGUAUCUAUCGUCUCGGCCUUCAGGAGCAGAAGCAACGUCUUGCACGCGAGGAAGCGUAUAAUAUGAAGCUGAAAAAAGUAAGAGAAAGUCAAGAUGAUCGUUAUGCUACUCUCCGUCUCAGGAGCCAGAAUCCCAGGUCAUUCACAGAAAGGCCUUAUACAAGCUCUCGUAGGAGUGGUGAAUACCCAAGGAGCGUCAGCGCAGAUAGUCGACCGAGGAAGCGGUCUAGAUCAAGGGGGAGAAAUGCCUAUACAAAAGGCCGGUAUGAUACUAGCCAGUUACCCACUUUCUCUGACUGUAGCAUUCUAUCCGCGGAUGAGGCUUGGAACCAACUUCAGGCUCACAAUGCGCGCUCUUGGAAGAAAAAAAUCGACAAUUCAAUUCGGUUUCAGAAUGCAGCAGUUAGAGAACUCCGAUCCCUUUUUGUUGGAGCUGACAAGACUCCUGAUGGGAUGCCAGAGGUUCCGGGGGUGAUUCCAAUCCCAAGCCGACCAGGUUUACUUGCCAUCAGGAUAACGGAUUUUGGAUUCACUCUGGAUGCGCCGUCGUUUCCACUCCAUGAAUAUCCCCAAUAUCUGCAUAGGAUUGGGAAAGGCAUGCCUUUGGAUAUUAAGUAUGCUUUAUUGAUACCGAUGAGCAUCCGACUAGAUAUGGGAGAAGCUAGAUUCAACCUAAGAGACUACCCGCUUGAUUUAAUCCAUAUCCCUCCGUUAGGCCCUGGACAGUCCGCCCGUGUUCCAGCCUGGUCCCUCAAGACAGACUUUGUCAUAGCUGAAGAAUUUCGUGGACCUGAAUCUUCUCGCCAGGUCAUCGUUAAUAUUGUUCCCCCAUCCCUUGCUUCUGAUGGCACAAUGCAGGAUGGCUUUUCCCUUGACGUUCGCAGGACGGUUGCUCCUGUGAAGACCUAUUCUAACCCAACAAUUGAAAUUAACACCAAUCAGCCUACCACGAUAUCUUGGGGAAUGUCCUACCAACCGGUCAUCCAGGAUGUUAUGAAGAUUAUUGAGAAUUUUACGAAGCCCGAGAUAGAUCCCUCAGAGCGAGUUGGGUUCUGGGACAAGAUACGACUAAGCUUCCAUUCAAGGUUACUAUGGGUUUGGAAAGGAGAUGGCGAUGUCCAUUUCAGACUAAAAGGCUCCCGUGAUCCAUACAUUGUUACCGGCUUUGGUGCGGGUUUUGUCAUGUGCUGGCGUAAAGAUGUUCAAUGGGGAAUCCGUACGAAUGAUGACCCUCAAGAAUUCUUUGCAGUUACCAGUGGUGAAUAUGUGCUUGCUAUUCCUGAUUAUAAUCGUCAAGCGAGGUAUUCAUAUGAAUCACCAGCGUUUAACAGUGGCACCGCUAGAUUUGGGAAGAGUGACGCAUUGUUCAAGAAGGUGAUAAUGAAGCUUUCCGGAAAUGUCCGCUGGCUUGCAGGAUUGGUAUUUGAACGAAAUGCGAAUGGUGCAGAGAGAUGCUUUGAUUUCAAACCCCAUUACGAGGUUGUCCUACGCAACCCCAUGUAUUUGAGCCCCCAAGAGUUAAAGGACUAUGAUGCGUUCCGUGGGUUUAGAAGCAAUCACAUACAUCUUUCGUUAGCUGUUGUUGCACCUGUUGCUCGAGAGUGGACUCUUACGAACCGAGAGCCAUCGGCUUCAUACAACACCGUCCAUCUUACGCCCAAAUUCUUUACUCAUUUCUUUAGCUGGUGGUCUCUCUUUUCUGGGGUGAUGUCACUUCCAGUCCGUCAAGGACCUCUUUUCCCUGGAUUAACAAAGACAAGUAAAAAGUUUAGCCGUCAUCUCGGCACUAUCAAGUAUAAGCUUUUCUUGUCUCCGCUCUUUGUAUCCCACAUUUACAAGCAUAAGGAUCCAGAGGACUACAAGGAAGAUAUUGUUUAUGCAACAGGGCUGAAAGUGCGGCUGGAUAGCUUCAUGCUUGACCUGCACCAGCGGCGAGAGUAUACUACCGUGGUCAAAGGACGGCUUGAGCCGACAAAAGCAAGCUCUAUGAAAAUCAACAGAGCACAAUUGGAUUUCAUUUCGGCCGAUUGUCGCGCAGUAUCAUCAAUUGGCAACUCUGCUCAAGACAGUGGCGACGAGAAGGAUGGUACUAGCCCGACUUACCCUGGUAUAUCUCAACCUGCCGAUAUAUCAAACUUUACCAUUCCAGACGAGGAUUUGAACUGGAUUGACAUGGAUGAUUUUGUCGAGUUGGAUUGGGUUCUUCCAGUAGAAAGCAAUCCGAGAACGCAAAUUCUUCCACUGGCCUAUUCCCCUCGGUUUUCGUUCUUCCGCCAAACGGAUCAUACUAAAGUAGGGCCGGAUGAGCCAGGUUAUAGUCCCUUCGGAGACGAGCCUACGCAUGUAUGUGUUAUGUCACAGGACCACGAUCCCCGGCGGGUACAAAUCGAGUUGCUUAAGGAACGUCUUAAUGUCUUGGAAGCUCAAUCUUCAUCGCAUCACCGUGUUGUUGGCGAAUUUGAGCUACGUUCUAUCCGCGACGGCAUAGCCGAUGAAGAGUCUCGAAGGCAAUAUGAAACGAUGGUCAGGCACGGACUAUCCCUCGAGCAGCGACGAAAAUUCCUUCAGGAUGAACUGCAACGGCUUGAAAUGCAUUUUGUCCAAAAUGGCAACACUAAUGGGUCUUCGCAUCGCUGCAGCGAAAACGCUGAUCUCCUAAUAUCCUCAACGGAGGAUGAGUUCGCGAGUGACUUUGAUAACCGCUUCGUCAUUCAUAACAUCCAAUUGAAGUGGAACAAUUCCUUGAGAAACAUAAUUCUACGAUAUAUACAUCAAGUCAACCAGAGACGUGGAUUUGUGUACUACAUGUCACGGCGCGCAGUGAAGUUCAUCCUUGAUAUCGUUGACGAGCAAGUCAAGGCAAAACGCCGGCAUAUGGGCAAAAAGCAACAAACACCAUGGAAUGCUGAACCUCGCUCUCAUAUUGAGAUUGAAAGAGACGACGACAUGUCGACCGAAGAGCGAAUUGAACAGCUCCUUAAUGAUGCAAGUCGAUUUGUGAAUGCAGAACCGCCUACUCCCGGAGAGAGCAAGCAUCCUACUAUAAGCUCAAAAUCGAGUAGCAAUAUCUCCCCCGAAUUUACACCGCAGAACAGCUAUCAUCUGAGACUCAUUGCUCCCCAAAUUCAGUUGCAAAGCGAGAAAAAUAAGAAAUCUGUCGCUGUUGUUACCGCUAAAGGGAUGCAACUAAAGGUCGUAUCAAUUAUGGAUAAACACCGAGUCUCUGAUGAUGUUAGUGGACUGGUACAACGCCAGUUUACACUUAGCAUGGACAGCGCUCAGUUUUUCGUCGCAGACCAAAAGAGCUUUUCUAGCCAUAUACAUAUAUACUGUGGAAAUGGAUACGGAAACGCUCCAGGCACGUCAUGGCCGCCUUGGGUCUCAGUGGAAGCCAUGUUUGACUUUGAUAUCGACCUUUCUGGGUUCUCAAGGAUUAUCCAGAAAACAUCUGCGAGCUUACGCUACGACAAGUUCAAUACCUUGCGACUGAAAUUCAAUGAGAAGGUCGCUGGUGAGUCAGCAGAUGAAGAUAGGCACGCCGCCUACCCUACAGAACAUCGAAUCGACCAAAUAACUGUUGACUUCCCACAAGUGCGGGCGAUCUGUGAUUCAUCACAGUACUACUCCUUAUAUAUUAUCGCCCUUGACUUACUCAUGUACAGUGAGCCCCGAGAGCAAGUUCGGGCUGAGAAACUGGAAAAGAUUAUGCUGGCAUCUGACUUCAGUGAUCUUCGAGGUGCGCCAGAAAUUGUCAAUCGUCUCCAGCAGCGAAUCCGUUAUCUUGAGGAGAUCAAAAGCCUGUUUCAAAUCCGCGGAAAAUAUCUUGACAAACAAGGGUUAGCGGACCGAGUGUCACUAGAGAAAGACCUGAUAAUGUGUGAAGAUGAGCUAUUCUUUAUGAUGAAAGCCAUCACAACAUCUCAAAGAAAGAGUGAUGACCGCGCAAAAUCGGCGUCCAGUGGACUACUACACUGGACUCUUGCUGCAACGGAAAUCGUUUGGCACCUCAUGACGAAUAGUAAAGAGCCGAUAGCGGAAUUUCAACUAAGAGACGCCGCAUACGGUAGGACGGAUAAUAGUGAUGGAUCAAAUUAUAACACGAUAGAAGUUGGGAACAUAUAUGGGCUUAACUUACUACCAGAGGCGCUCUAUCCUCAAGUUAUCCUUCCAUACAAAGACGACCAUCGAGGGACUCACCCAAAAGACGAGGCUAAAAUGCUUCAAGUCAAAUGGUAUAUGCUAGAGGCUAUUGCUGGCAUACCUGUACUCAAUGAUUUUGAAGUUACUCUCUUCCCUCUCAAGAUACAACUGGAAAGAGAGUUAGGCCAGAAGCUGUUCGAAUAUGCUUUUCCAGCUGCCGGGCCAAACGCCUUUGAGAAUGGUGGUUUUUCACCAUUUAUGAUCAAGCAGAUAGAUCCGCCCAGCGAUGACUCAGAAGUUGACAACACAACCAGUGGUGCUAAUACUCCAGCAAUGAGUACGGCCAGUACAUCUGCGGAUGAGAGGCCACCUUCUCGCCUAGGCACUGUUGAGCAACGAUUAAUGCCCACUCUAGCCUUGCCUGAUAAACGCCGUUCUCAUUCCCCCGGAAGGAUUAAAAUGUCCAUGUUGAUGACUCCAAUAAUCAAAGAUUCGGCUCCCCAGAAGCGUAAGGCUGAAGAUGAUAGAAGUCUGUCUACAUCACAAGUGCCUACGCGUCGUACUUUGGCGAAGAAAGCAUCUGCUGAUAGCCUUACUGUGCUGAGACGACAAGCUUCAGAUUGGUCUCUCGGAAGUCAAGCUGGAAAUAAAGCUGAAGAGAAACCAAAGAGGCCUACCCUCAAGCGACCACCAACCAAAGUGCAUAUCGAUAAAGCACAUGGAGCAGAUGAUCUCUCUCGGAUGAUAUCUCGCGCAUCAAAUUUCAUGAUCCUCACUCAUGUGAAGAUCAACGAUGUUGUACUCUGUUUAAGCUACAAAGGCAAAGGAGAGCGAAAUAUUGAAGAUAUCCAUGACUUUGUUUUCAGGCUGCCUGUUCUUGAGUAUCGAAAUAAGUCGUGGUCUAACUUGGACCUUGCUCUACGGUUAAAAAAGGAUGCGAUCAAGGCUUUGAUUUCGCAUGCACCCGCAAUACUUGGCAAUAAAUUCUCCCAUCAUCGGCCAAACAAGCAGCAACAAAAGCGUCUUCGCGAGCUAGCUAGUUCCUCUCAACUGUUAGACGGCCAGUCAAUCCUGAGCACCCCUCACUCGGAUGGUUCAAAUAGUGUGGCCAGCCGUACUUCAACUGAACGGUCCGCGUCUCCUGAUUUAUCUAUGAACUCGCAUGCUUUCCAGGCCAGUGGUGCACCGUCCACAGACUCUAUGGGCAUUCCUCCAAGAAGCAAAACAGCACAUUCUGAUAUUGGUCCUAUGGGGUCUUCUGCAAUAGAGGAUGAAGAUGUUAGUCAACAGCCCAGCUAA